AACCGUGUAGAAAUGGUGAACUUUCCGAAAAAGAAGGUCUUGCACUGCCCUGACAAGCGCUGCAAUGCGCACAAGACAUUCAAAGUGGUUCAGUAUAAGGCCGGCAAGGCCCGUCUCUACGCUCGUGGUAAACGUCGUUACGAUCGCAAGCAGUCAGGUUAUGGAGGUCAGACGAAGCCCAUUUUCCACAAAAAGGCAAAGACAACAAAGAAGAUUGUGUUAAAACUCCAAUGCUCCAGUUGCAAGUCUGUCAUCCAGAGUGUCCUCAAACGCACUAAACAUUUUGAGCUGAACGACAAGAAAAAGACAGGCAACAAGGACCCAACGUGGUAGGCCCCGUUACCAUAAACUACUGGUUCAUUUCAUCUGUUUUAAAUAGGCUAUAAUAGCUAAACGAAGUUAA